CGCAGGGAUUGGCAGAGCAACGUGAGUUCAGACAUUACUGUUGUUCCAGCUCCCCCUGUGAAAAGGAGGAACACAAAGACAGCCACCUCUGUAUGAAGAAAAGUCAGAGGCAACUAUGUCUUCAGUAGUGGAUCUCAAGACGAAGGAGGAGAAGGAUGCAGAGUUGGACCGACGAAUCGAGGCGUUGAGGAAGAAGAAUGAAGCUCUGGUUAAGAGGUACCAGGAAAUUGAGGAGGACAAGAAGAAAGCCGAGCAGGAGGGCAUUGCCAUCACAACAGCCCGGAAACCGCGUCCCCACGAGCCGGAGACGGACAGGAAGAAGACGGAUAAGGAGAACUUCACUGUCACAGUUGACCUUUCCACAUCAACAGGGGAGAAGAGAGUUGUGAAUGACUGGAAGCCUGGAACCCCUCGCGACCGGAAGACGUCAGAGGAGAGCGACGGGCCAAGAGGGCAAAAUGACAGCAACAGCCCCCCCAGGAGGACGGGUUCAGGACGAGUAGGUCGGGGCGGACAGAGAGGAGGAGGAGGCCGCCCAGAGAGGAGAGAAUGGGAACCAAGAACACCCAGAGGUGGAGAACCUGGAGAGUUUGGUGGACAGGGACGCAGAGGAGGAGGAGGAGGAGGAGGAGGAGGAAGGAGAGAAAGAGGAGGAGGAAGAGAAGGCGGCAGAGGAGGAGAAGGGAGAGGAAGAGAAGUCAGAGAAGGCAGAGGAGGAGGAGGAGGCGGCAGAGGAGGAGGCGGCAGAGGAGAAGGCAGACGAGGAGAAGGCGGAGGUGGAGAAGGCGGAGGUGGAGAAGGUGGAGAAGGAGAAGGCGGGACACCAGGUGGCGUGGACAGGAAAUCCAAGGAGUGGGAGGAGAAGAGACGACAGAACAUUGAAAUGAUGAAUGAGGAAAUGGAGAAAAUAGCCGAGUAUGAGAGAGGACAGCGGAUGGAUGGUGACAAGCCGAUCCGUAACUUCCUGGAUGACCCGAGGCGUUCAGGUCCGGUGCCUGACACAGACCGCAAGGAGGGCAGCAGGAGACAUGUCCGAAACUGGGGAGGACUCGACUUUGACAACGUAAAGACGGGAAAUGAACUGGAGAAGGAGUGGACUAGUCGAAGGCCUGGUCAAAAGGGCUCCCAGGACAUGACCAUGUCCAUGACCGGCCGGGAGAGAGCGGAGUACCUGCGCUGGAAGAAGGAGCGUGAGCAGAUCGAUGAGGAGAGACUAGCACGCCAUCGAAAUGCCACCGGCCAGUGGAAACGAGAGUGGGAUGCACAGAAGACUGAUAACAUGUUCAAAGAGGACCAAUAUGUGGCUGCAGAGGGGGUCACAUCCGAGCAGGGUAGCAGGAGAGCCCGGGGGCGUAACUCUCGUGCAGAGCCUCGGGGCAGGGCCUCAGAUGACAGUAAGCGACCGCCCAAGGAGCCGACAUUUGGUGACUUCCUGUCUCAGGGCAGGACCCCGGGGCCCCGAGGGGAUCGUAGCAGAGGGAGGGGCCGAGAACAGAAACAGAGCUACAGCAUGCAUGACAACCGCUGGGAAGGAGAGAAGGAAGAAGAAGAGGAGAAGGAAAAGGAGGACAAGACGAAGAGAGAAGAGAAGACGAAGAGAGAAGAGAAGACGAAGAGGGAAGAGAGGACGAAAAAGGAGAAGGAAGAAAAACCGAAACCUUCCAGCCCACAGAAGGUGGAGGAGAAUAAUGCAGAUGGAGAGGAGGACGAUGACAACUGGGAAGAUGCCAGCGAUGGAGAAGACGAGGAUGAAGGGAGCGACUCAGGACAGGACUCCAGGGGAAAUGAGAAGAAAGAUGCUGGGAAAGAAAAACCAGCUAACAUCAAAGAGAAGUCCCCUUUGUCUCCCACGCCUCGUUCUCGAAAGACGUCAGUGGGAAGCCCCAAAGAGCAGCGAGGGCCCAGGCCAAAGGUGCACAUCCCCCCCCCGCCCACAGCUCAGGAGUCAUCAGAGGGCGGCAAACCCCUCAGCCCCUUCUGCCCGCUGGAAGGCCACCAGCCUGUGUCGGACUGGGGAGAGGAGAUGGAGAUGCAGUCACCUCGGAGCAGCAUGGGAACAGAGAGUCCCUUGAAACCCCCCAGUGCCGAGUCCAGCCCCCCCCAGAAGAAGGCCCAGGAGCACGAGGAUGAGACGGAGAGUCAGGACAUCGGGUCCAGUGAAGCUGCUGAGCCACGGAAAGAGGAGGAAACAGACAUCUCCUCUCCUCCAGAAGAGUUUGAGACCCAGCAGAUUGUGAUAGUGUCAGAACCAGAGUCCGUCCCCACACACUCCCCCGCUGCUACAGCACCCGACGCCACCCCCUCUGAUAUCUCUGUCCCAGUCCACUCUGAAGCCAGUGAGGCUGCUGUGACAACGGAUCAGGAAGCACCUGCUGCUCCAUCACAAGUCUCCGCCCCCUCUCCUCCUGCCCUGGAGGCCGAUGAGAGCUCCUCUGAACCAGCAGGAGGGAAAGAGGACGACUCGGCGCCGGCUGAGACCAGCGGCGCUCAGACAGAAGAACCGGUGGAGGAGUCUCCAGAGCAGGUGUCCUCAGGCUGAAGCUGCUGGGAACAACCACACUCGCAUCUGAGGAGGAAGGAGAGAUGACAGCAAAUGGAGACAACUGAAGAGCAUUGCACUUCUCAUCACUGGAGCGACAGUCACACGUGUAAAUCAAAAUUCAUUUAAUCAUCCGGAGGAAGAGGAGGAGCAGGGAUUGUGCAUAUCCAUCAUGAACAGACAUUUUUUCAUCUGAGAUGUUUUUAAGUAUUAUUUGGAUCAGUGGGUCUGAUCAACUCUGGUUCUCUCAUCAUGUUUAAGUUUUAAGAAAUCAACAGUAAAAUGUCUCAAGCUUCUCUGAGCUGAGAGGAUGAGUCCACAGUAGAAAGCACAGACGAUCAUUUCGGACGUGCUGAGGAUCAAUCUCUGCACGUCGCCCUCUGAGCUGCACAUGAUGCACAUUAUGAAUUGAUCCCAUUAUGAAUUGAUCCCAUUGUAGCUGCCACACGUUACAUUGAAGAGAAAUCACGACACUGAUUUAGACAAGUCACAAUUGAUUGGUGUUAAAAAUGAAUCAAACUCAUCCACUGACAGUAUGGUGAGGGAUUUUGAGUGAUGCUGGUAGCAGCUAAUGUAACCUUCAGUAGCUGAGGCGCUAGCUGUGCUCCCUCCUACUUUAUUUACCUUUUCGUCCUGACGCCCAAACGACACCGAGUCAAGUGACAUCACCUGAGGACGUAUAUCCCACUCGACAGCUUCCUGUGGACGCUCUCAAGGCUUUAUACUAUUUUGACAUAUGCAAACAGAUUUAGAUGUUUCAAAUUGGUGAAAUUGCCUUUUGAUAUGAAUUUAUGACAAAUGAUUGAGCAUAAAAGCUCCAGUGUGAGUCAGCGACUGAUCCGACUGUUGAUCAGUGUCCUUCUGCAGGAAAAUCGACCUUCACUCUACAAAGAGUCAUGAAAUUGUCUUGAAUAUUUUCUCAGCCAGUUUCUAUGUUGAAAUUAUUUUUACACAGUAUUGUUUGAGCUCAUGGGAGUGUUUGCUGUUGUGUUUCACGUUUAGAGCCUCUGACUCUUCUCCGGCAGUGGUCUCCGCUCCAUUAGCUCCUAAGUGUUUGUAAAGUAGUAAUCGGCCUCCAGCCUGAUCGGCUCUUGGCUUUUUAUUUUGUGGCUUUUAAUUAUUUUGUUCAUGGAAAUACUCAUUUUCCAUUUCCGAGCUUCUGACAUUUUGAUUUUUUAAGUUGUAAUCGGAGCGAUGUCUGUUUACAUGAGCUUCACUUCCGGUUGAUCAUGAUGCUUCAAGUGUCAGAUUUCAUGUUAAACAUCAGAGCCAGAUGUGUCCAGAUGUGUGUUCAGCAGAAUAUCUCCAGUCGGUCAAACCUGGAUCAGAGUGUUAAAGGAAACACAUGAAUAAUUUACUUGAUAUAAUUAUUUUACAUGUUCUCACCUCCUCAAUAAUGAACUUGGAGCUGAUUUCUAUUAAGUGAUUGUCUCAUUCUUUGAAAAUGGUUUAUAUUCUGGGUCUGAUGGUUCUGAAUCAUCGACUCCACAGAGAAAUCUGUCAUACCCCCCCCCCCCCCCCUCAGUGGACACACUGCCUCUUCAAUAAUGAAUAAAAAAGUGUAUUUAUCAAAAAAAUAGUUUAAUGAUUAAAAAAGAAAAAACCUACUUAGUGUUGAUUUUAUUUCAACCAGCUUUGGCUGCAGUUUAUUUUUUAAAUGUCCUCAUACCUCAGCAGACAAAGGGCUUGAGUUAGUUUUUCAGUCUGUUCUUUGUUUUCUGCAAACGUCUCGCUCUUUGAAUCAGGGUCAUCGCAGCCGUGGGGCUUCUGAGCACACGGCGUGUUAACGGGAUGCUUUAAUGUUUCUGUGUUCUGUAUCGGCGGGAAAAAGACAAACGUUAUGUGAAGUGAAAGGAAACUGCAAUAUGUACAGUUUUUAAAUGGAAAUGAACAUUCCACACACCUGGGUGUUUGUGCAAACCGUAGCCUGGGAGCUAUGAAAGAAAUCUUGUUUUAUGGUUUUUCUUCUUGCAUAUGGAUGUUUUUUUUUUUCUGAGCUUCGAUGACAGAUUGUAUUGAAACCAGUUGAUAUUUCGUUGAACGUGCGUUUCUACGUCUUCCUGCGUUCGAUACGUGACAUCGCUCUGAGGAGGAGCUUUGCCUUUUGGAGCUGGUGUUAAACUAUCAGGGCGAGCAUGAGUCUGAAAAUGUAGCUUUUUAUUGUCGUCUAAGCCAUCGAUGAAAUCUGUGUCCUAUCACACGUCAGAGACUAAGAGCCCAGAUGAUGGAACAGCUGAACUCUAUGAAAUGUAAAGCAUUGUUUUGUUUUUUCUCAUUUAGCCAAUAAAUGUUUUUCUCUUCUGA